ACCCGCAGUGACGCGGGGUUGGAGAGUAAAUGUCCCUGGCAGAGAAGGAAAGCAAGUGGAGUCCCUCCUCCCGGCCGUUUGUGUCUAACAGAGUGAUCCCGGAGAGCGGGCAGAUCCCGGCCGCGAUGGAAGCGGAUGAAUCAGAUCAGAUCAAAGCUCGGCGCGUCGAUGAAAAAGAUCAGAACAACGGCAGUCUUGGAUGUUGUGGUUGGGUCUUGGUAAUAUUGUCUUAUUUCUUCAUGAUCAUCAGUUCCCCCCUGUCCAUCUGGUUAUGCAUAAAGAUUGUCAAGGAGUAUGAGCGAGCUAUAAUAUUUAGACUUGGACGCAUUCUGGCAGGAGGAGCUAAAGGGCCAGGGCUGUUUUUCAUCUUGCCCUGCACUGACUCCUUUGUUAAAGUAGACAUGAGAACCAUUUCCUUUGACAUUCCACCUCAAGAGAUUCUCACCAAGGAUUCUGUGACGGUCAGCGUCGAUGGGGUUGUGUAUUACCGUGUUCAGAAUGCCAUCCUCGCGGUUGCGAACAUCACGAAUGCAGACUCCGCUACCCGACUCCUGGCGCAGACCACGUUAAGGAAUGUGCUCGGAACAAAAAAUCUGGCUCAGAUUCUGUCUGACCGUGAGGAAAUUGCCCACAACAUGCAGACGACGCUUGAUGUUGCAACGGAUGAAUGGGGCAUUAAGGUUGAGCGUGUGGAGAUCAAAGAUGUGAAGCUGCCAGUCCAACUGCAGAGAGCCAUGGCAGCUGAGGCUGAAGCAUCGAGGGAGGCCAGAGCCAAGGUGAUUGCAGCCGAAGGAGAAAUGAAUGCAUCCAGAGCAUUGAAAGAAGCUUCUAUUGUGAUCUCGGAAUCUCCAGCGGCUCUGCAGCUUCGCUACCUGCAGACCCUCACUACCAUCGCUGCAGAGAAGAACUCCACCAUUGUAUUCCCUCUGCCAAUGGACCUGGUGCAAAAUAUAAUGGGGGCUAAGAAGUGAUGUUACUGAACACCAAUCUUGACCACAGUUUCUACGUAUGUUUUCCAAUGAUAGACAAUUUUGGUUAGAAUAACUUUUUUUUCCACAUUGUAAUAACAGUAAGCAAGGUUUACAUUAGCGAUGGGUUAACAGCUAGACCUACAAAGAAGCUCCAUCAACUAAUAUUUCACUAUAUGUCAAUGCUUCAACGUCUGAACAAUUUGAUUGUAUUUGUUAAAGCAAUGAUUCACAAUAGCAUGUACACCAUGAUGGGCAAAUUCAUGACAUGCAUGCACUAGUCCUGGAACAAACUGUGUUUUGCGCAGUUCUGUCAUUGUAGUGUCGGCCUGAAUGUGUUUUUUUUAGCCAAACAGAACGGCUUGCUAGAAUUUCAUCGGUGAAGCCAGUAAUGUUCUCUGCGCAUUUACUGGCUUCAUGUAGCUCAGUGACGUAGAGAAGCCUUUGUCAAAUCUUCAUCUCUAAAUGCUACCACAAUCCGAGCAAAACCUACACCAAUUUAAAUCGAACCAAUAGCUCUGCAGUUAAAACUCCUCGUGAGGACUGCUGCUUUGACUAAGGAUUUAAUUAUGUCUUGAUGUUGAUUUUUUUUUACAUUUGGUGUUUCUCACCCCUACCUGUACUCCUGUUCAUUUGAAAAAGCCUUCAAUUUUGCAACAUUUAUCAUUAGAAGACUUGUAUCACAUAUCAUUUUGUAUUAAUCCAUUUUAAUUUAUGUGUAUUCUCUAAAACAUACUUGUUUUGAACUUGGAGGUGUUAAAAUUGUGUGACCAUUAUUGUACCUGUACCACUAUGGUUAAGUUUAAACCAGCAGGAGCACCAAGGAUCCUAAAAGUAAACUACACAAAUUUACAACCUGAGGGCAGUUAUGUUUGUAGCCUUCAAUGUUAAGUAUUUCCGGUCUUUCUUAAAAAAAAAGAAUUGUAGAGUGGAAAAUGAUCUAUAUAUCAUAUCAUGGUCCUCCUACCCACCCACAAUAUAAAUGCAUAACAGAUUAUCCGUUUAAACUUUCUGACAAAACUCAAUUCUGGUGGAUGACCACUUGCUCAGUUAUCAAGUACAGUUGUGUGCCUCUUCAUUGAUGAUUUAGACUGGGCAGUUACUAGCUCAGCCAAAUGAGACACCCUCCAAUUUAAAAAAAAAUGGUUUCAUUCCACAUGCAACCACCCCGCCCCACCAAUCUAAGUCUGUUCAAAAAGUGGAAUUGUCUUCUUUUCAAAUUGCGGCUAUAUAUUCCUGACUCUUUCUACAAGGAAAGUAACCCUUUACAUGUCCCCGGCCAUCUACACAAGCUACAAUAAAUUGAAUUUGAUGAGUAAGUCACAUUUGUUUAAAUCAUUGCUCAAGAAACCUAUUUCUUGUUACUUUGGUUGUAAUGAGAAAGUAAACAUCACAUAUGUUAAAAAUUGCUGUCAGAUAUUUUGUAUCAGAAUCUAAAUUUUGUUGCUGAAUUCAUCACGUGCAGAAAUUUGAAAGAAAUGUCACUCCAAGGGGUACAUACAUCACCAUUCUGCCUGUGUGUUUUGUAGGGGCAAUUCUGCUGGUCUUCAUGCAUUGCAAAACAAGUCCCAGUGUCUCACUGGUGUCUACCUAUGGGCCUGUGCAUUGAGCAGAAUAAUGCCUGCCCUGAGUUGAUGGGGAUUGACCGAAUUCUGGGCAGGCUGUAGCAACAUAAACACUGCAGAGUUCAAAGCAGACUCCAUCAGACAGCUUUGCCAUCACUAGUGCUGUCUGUGUACCUGGGGAAAUGCAUUGCCCAGUGCUCAGCAAACACCAGAACAACAACCAAACAACCAUGCCCAGUUGUGAGGGGAUGGGGUGUGGUGGAGGUGUUGAUGGUACAAUAGAGCUAUUUGGGUUCUUGGUCAAGCUUGGAAAGUUUAAAAGCUUAGACAGUGACCUGACUGAAAAGGGAGAAUUGCUUCUUUUAAGAAACUCAUUUAAUAGUUUCAUUCGAGAAAUUAAAUCUGUUUGAACUGUUUGUUAAUUAUAGUAUAAAAUGUUGCUGUAGAAACUUUGUGGUUUUAAUCAUUUGCUGUUCACUGACAGUAAACACAGUUUCACUGUGAGGCUUAUUAUAUCAUUGCACCAAAAACACAAUCAUUAUUUAAAAACUUACUGCUUAAGGUAACCUGCGGUGGGUGGCACAGUGGUACAGUGGUUAGCACUGCUGCCUUACAGCACCAGAGACCCGGGUUCAAUUCCCGCCUCAGGUGACUCACUGUGUGGAGUUUGCACAUUCUCCCCAUGUCUGCGUGGGUUUCCUCCGUGUGCUCCAGUUUCUUCCCACAAACCAAAAAAAAUGUGCAGGCUAGGUGAAUUGGCCAUGCUAAAUUGCCCAUAGUGUUAGGUGAAGGGGUAAGUGUAGGGGAAAUGGGUCUGGGUGGGUUGUGCUUUGGCAGAUCGGUGUGGACCUUUCAUCAGGGGAAAUUGUCAAAUCGCAUCAAAUCCAGUCAACUCCGAUCCUAACCAUUUUUUGUGCUAAUGGUCUGAAAUAGAUCCAAUCUGCACUGGUUUAACUCUCCUCUGCUGAAGCUCAUUCAGCCAUGGUGUGUGAUCAUGUGUAUGUCAACAGGCAGCAAAUGUAUUGGCAUGGGGUAAAUAAGUAUUGGUACAGGAUGCAGCAUUGUACAUAGUGCACUGUUGCUUUGAACUUGAGAGUGCUGGCUAUGACCAAAGUAACUGGCUGCGUUUAACAUGAUUUGGAUCACUUUGCUCUAAAUGCAGUCUCUGCUUCACUGUCUCCGUUGCCCACUUAUCUUCCAUGUGGACUAAGUUACGUUGGUAUUGUGGGAAAUGCUGCUUUGAAAUGGAAAUUGGGCCAUAUCGUUGAAGCAGAGCGAAGGGAGCUUUGAACUGUAUCUGACCAUACGCUACAUAAUAUUGGCAAAGAGAAUUGGCUUAUUCUUCACCAUGGAAAUGUACAAAAACAAAACUUGACUGAACAAAAUUUCUGAAAAUUGUUUUUACAUAGUUGCGUUGUUACUGUUUGUGGUUCACUUGUUGAGUCAGAAACAGCCCACCCCCUGCAGAAGCAGUUUUCCUUCAGUCACUUAAAAUUGCCAAUUCAUUUGUGUCUUUUAAAUGUAAAAUCUUUAGCUGGUUGGAAAUUGGGCCUGAGUGCGAAUUGGGCAUGACAACAAGACAUAGCUCACUAUUCAAGAAACCAAGACAGCUGAAUCAGCAUAGACUUUUCCCAGGUAUCAUUGACCAAGGCAGGGUUUUGGAGGCCUUACAACUCAUUAUACAUACUGUAUAAUUUUCCUGCUGAAGUUUGGGAAUGUAACAACUUAGAAUGUAUGCAAUAUGUAAUAACCAACUGCUGACCUUCCAGAAAUUAAUCUGCUUUUAUUUUAUCAUUUAUAUGUUUUGGAAAGCAUGUUCAAUAACUGGUGUAGUGUACUUUUAUAAUUAAGCUUGCAAUGCAUUUAAUAAAUGUUAUUAAAUCAA